CGCUCCACUGACCUGACACAAUAAUACGCUAGGUAAGAGGACCUAUUUGCUCGCACCCAUUUACGACUACAGGUGUCGACUACAGGUGUCGCUGGCGUGGAAUCUACCUGACCAGCUACCCUUUACACAGCAAACAUCAUCUUCGUGGGAGAAGACAAGGAUCUCAUGGGAUGAUGACUUCAUCACUAAAUAUGCUACGAAUAGUGGUGGUGCUCUCCCUUGUUGUCAUGGCAACUGGCGAGUUUACCUUCACCUGCAACCGAUCCCCAUCAGCAAUUGGUCCCGCUAUGCCCGAGCUGCCCCAGCAAUAUGAAAUGCGAGUGGAGGCCAACAUUAUCCAGUCACAGAAAACAAUUGAGGUCUUGGAGAGUUAUGACUUCCCUGGGAAAGUGGUUGCACUGACAAUGAUUACAAAUGGCCAGAUCUCCAAAAGUAUUCACAACUUCAAGACACAGGAGCGAUAUGACAUUCUAGCAAACGAGACAUGCAACACAACCAGCAUCAACAGCGACAGCGACAACUACAACAUCUUUGGCUUCACAGCCCAAGGGACAGAUGGGAAGAUUCAAAUGGCUUCAGUGUCGGAUGUUUUCAAGUUUGCGAAAAAAUACAAUGUGUCGUAUGUCCGUGAAACUAUGAUCCGAGGCAUCCCUGUCAACCAGUGGACUUCCUGUCAAGUAUCGGCCGAGCUUCACGCCUCCUUUAAACUCGACUACUACUUCAGCAGGCGGGGCUAUGAGAGUGCCACCGGCAGUGAGAACAUCCCCAUCCGAUUUGUCAUCAGUGGACAAGCUGACAAUGGGGAGACAUCAGGUAUACACAACUUCUCUCAUGUAUACGAAUUCUCCGUCUUCAAACCAGGGCCAAUCAAGGACAGAAGUGUAUUUGAGACACCAAGAGGAGUUGUAUGCACUGGCCGGAACAAUUCUGUCCCUUUGCCGAAACUUGUCGACCAAUUUACUGCUGAGGUAGAGAUAGAUGCAGGGAGACAGCAGCCACCGCAUAAUAUGAAGGUGUACUUUGACUACAAUUUCAAGCUGAUAAGGAAUGACAGGUUUUACAGCAAGGAUGAGCGGCACCAGUACGGAGCUGGUCUCAUCACCAAGAUUGAGGACUACAAAACAGGUCUGGAGUAUGUGAUUGACCGGGCAGAGGGCAACUGCACCGUGCACAAGAUACCCGAGAAGACCUGGAGAAGUGUCGCCAAAGACUCACACAACAUCACCAUGCUACAUGCUCAGGAACUGCUGAAGAUCCAGAGCAGGAAUUUAGUCUACCAAGGAGAGCGUGUGUUGCGUGGGAUGCCAGUGGAUGUUUGGGCCAGUGUCACCCCGAAUAACAUGGUACAAGAGAUCUACUUUCUCAAGCAGGCAUCUGUAUCGGGCAAACCCACACCCCCAUCUGUCAUUUUAGGAAUGUACUUCAAAAACAUCACAGCUUAUAAUCUCGGGAAACCAAUGAGUCAAGGUCAACCACAGCCAGGUCAAGGUCAAACUACACCAGGACAAGGUCAACCACAGCCAGGUCAAGGUCAACCACGUCCAGGACAAGGUCAACCACAGCCAGGUCAAGGUCAACCACAGCCAGGUCAAGGUCAACCUACACCAGGACAAGGCCAACCAAGUCCCAGUCCGCCACAAGGAGGUCCAGGAUCAGGAAAUAGCAUUGGCUUACAAAGGAACCCCCCGGAGAAGUUUGUGAGCGUGUUCAACUUCCACGUGGGCCACCCUGACGUGGACGUGUUCGACAUCCGCCCUUGUUACCAGGAGACAGCACAGAGGAGUCUGUACAUGACCUUCAAAAUCUCAGGAAGCUACUCUCAGGAUGUGUACGGACACAAGUCCAUCUUCUUCCCUCCUCUCAGGACCAAAAUGGCGCUCAGUGCAAAUGUCUCCCUCAUCAGGAUCGCCGACAUCAAGGUGAGACAAGAUGAUGACAGUGACAAGAAGCUGAUCGUGUCAUUCACCCUGUUGGACAAGGCCCCAAUCAAAGGAAGUGUGGCCGAUCCACCCAAGGAGACUUCUCUGGAACACGCCCACCACCUCAUCAUGCUGUCCGCUGCAAACGGCAUCGCCUUCGCCGUCCCCUACCCCAUACACUCCAAGAUAUUUACUGUGCACACAUACUCCAUGACAUCAAACGCGUCCCCACCCGUGACGACGGCUGUUGAGUCCGGCCUCUCCUACAGCCCAGGGUCUAUGGCGGGGCUCGGGAUCGGUAUGAUCAUCUUCGGCACCAUCAUCGGGCUCCUAAUCGCCUUCAUCGUCUACCGCCGCAUCUACACUGAAGUGCCCUACGAGAGGAACUAGACAACAUUGUCAGGAUAUCUGCAAAAUGAUUAUUUUACUGCCAUUUUACAAUAAUGUUAUGAUCCAUCCUUGGUUUUACCCGGGUCUAUCUAUUUACGAGUCUUUUGAUUUCCAAGCCUAAUUGGGGUGGUCGGGCAGCCUAGUGGUUAAAGCGUUCGCUCGUCACGCCGAAGACCCGAGUUCGAUUCCUGACAUGGGUACAAUUUGUGAAGCCCAUUUCUGGUGUCCCCCGCCGUGAUAUUGCUGGAAUAUUGCUAAAAGCGGCGUAAAACCAUACUCACUCACUCACUCCAAGUCUAAUUUGACAAAAAAGUCAACUAUUGACGCUCUGAACUUUUGUGUAGUAAUUCAAACAGCCAAACUAUUUUGUCUGCUCCAGGACUCAGUGGAAAUUAUUUGCAUCCAUUCUGAAUUUGUAUGUGUUAGAGAUGCAGUAUUUUGCGUCUGGUCAAACCCUGUACCAGCCCAUUGCUGUGAUUCAUUACUUUAACUACCUGUCACAUGGUUAGGGGGGCUGUAACGAUCACUUUGUCAUGAUAUCUUUAUAGUAAGGUCGUGAUACGACUCAUAACACAAUACCAAGGUCACAAUACGAUGCAUGAUACGAAAGAAAUAAAAACAAAUCAAUUUUCUUCAGGUUUUACCAGAGGAGAAAAUUAUCAGUAGAGUUGGUCCACAGCAACCUAUUCCUGUCACUGGAGCCAAGUAUCCGGGGUAGAAUAGGUCUUCAGCAUCCCAUGCUUGCCGUAAAGACGACUGUCGUAAGAGGUGACUAAUGGGAUCGGGUGGUCAGGCUCGCUGACUUGGUUCAUGCAUGUCAUUGUAUCCCAUUUGUGUGGAUCGAUGCUCAUGAUAUCAAUCACUGGAUUGUCUUGUCCAGACUCGAUUAUUUGCAGACCGCCGUCAUAUAGCUGGAAUAUUGCUGAGUGCGGUGUUAAACAACAAACAAACAAGCAAACAAGAGGAUCAAUCAGAAACUGGCUUCACAUUUAAAACUGUGUCACAAGGUAUUUUGAAAAAAAAAUAACAUGUGCCUUAAAGUGUGCCUCAAAGGCACUGGGACCUUAUUUUAACCAUGCCAUUAUGAAUUUUUCUGUACCAUUGACACUGUAACAUUCACAGAAGGAACAUUGAACCAGGUUGUACCCCUGAUAUCUUCAAAGUACUUGAUGUACAAGGCAUCCAACACAAAAACUAUUGUUUGAUUAGUUGUAUGUACAUUUGAUAUCAAUACUAUAUAAACAAAAGAGAGUUCUUUUAGCCAUGUCACUGCGAACAUAAUGCUGAGGUGGUGUUAAAUUUUAACAGUCGAUUGAAUCUUGUUUCUACUCCCUUGAAGAGUUCCUGCUUAAAGAAAGGGAGAUAAUUCCACGUUACCCGAGUUGAGUGAAUGAAAAUUGUACGAAUGAAGCUGUACUUCUAUAUAUACAUCUGAAAAUAGCUAAACACCUCUUGCAAUAUAUUUCAAUAUAAAAUAGUAUUUUUUUUAAAUUGUAUACUGUAUUUAUUUUCUAUGAUGCCUUGUAAUUGUUCCAUGGCAAUAGCAUUUGACUACCUUUCAUCAGCAGCCUCUGGUUUUGGAAUCGUGAGAUGUGACUCACUACUUGACAGAAGGGGCACUUGGGGCCCAGUCGUCUAAGGUGCCACAAAUGGCUUUUCAGAGUAGACAGAACCAUAUGAUCGUGGGUUCAAAAUCCUGGUUCACCCUCAUUAUAUUGUUUGUAUAUAACAAUUACCCAUACCCGUGCUUGUGGGUUUUACCAAAGUGGUAAACGUCUUAGACCUGCUUCCCUUUCAUCCUGUGAUAUUACUGGGAUACUUAUCAAAACAGAGUUAAAAACCACUCACUCACUCACUCACUCUUUGCAUAAUAUAAUAUGACUCAGUACUUGACACAAUCUGGAACAUGUCAGCAGGCAUUGGAAAUUUCUCAUUUUCAAAAUGAAAUAAAUCUUGUGUACAUUUUUCCAUAUGCAUGGAAGUUAAAAUGAAACUGGAUUGAUGCUUAUGAUGUCAAUCACUGGAUUGUCUGUUCCAGACUCGAUUGUUUACAGACCACCAUCAUAUAGCUGGAAUAUUACUGAGUGUGGCGUUAAACAACAAACAAACAAAUAAUAUGAAAGUGUUGGAUUGGUGCUUGACAUUCCUCCAGGUGUACAUACAAAUGUGACCCCCCAGGAGAAAGGGACCUAGGAUACUAUUGUGCUGUAUAAUCAUAAAAGACGUUUGACGUCAACUUAUUGAAGCUUAUGAAUUGUAUUUUUGUGGCACUGAGAUACUGUAGUUUUAAAAUGUAAGUAUAAUGUAAUAUAUAAUGUGAUUUUUCACCCAUAAGGUUCCUUAUCUCAUGGUGGGUCACAAAUAUUCUCCAUUUGACCCAUGUCAUUAACUGGUGUACAUAUUUUCCCUCAUUUUAUAUUCUUCUACAGCAAUAACAUGUUCACAUUUUGAUACUAAAAUGUAAUUGGAAUAGCAAAAAAAAUCAAAAUAAAACUGUAGAAUGAUAUUGUGAAGUUAUUGUAGUAUCUUGACAAUGAUGAUGCUAUUGUCCUAGUGCUAAUAUGAUGUCAGUGUUCUGACAAUUUAUACACCUCAAAAGAAGUUCAGUACAGAUUAAAGAAAUAUGAAAGAAUUUGGUGUUUUCUAAGUUCCAGUUACAUUUGUAGUUGUAGUUGCAGGGUAUAAUGUGGAGAUUCACAAUCUCGUUCAAAUUAAAUUUUUUACUCCUAUAUUCGACCUCUCUGCGUAAAUAUCUGACGACCAGUUCAAAGGUCACACAGAGCUCCAGAUAAGCUUUUGGUGUUGUGGGUAUUUUACCCAUGCAUUUUAAAAUCAUUGGGUAUCAGUAAUUCUAUCUGGGUAUUCAAAUUUCUGUUACCCACUUGUUUUUACACAUGUUGGUAUUUAAGUUAAAUAUUUAAAAACACUAUGUUCUAGUCCCUGCAAACUGGUGUCGUGUGCGUUCGAGAGCUUCACAGGACUCAAAAAUACCACGAUACUUCCACAAGAAAGUGUGAUGGCAAAUGAUCAUGAUGUAACUGUCAUCGUGGAGUUUGGCAAGGUUGACGGAAUGCCCGUUUAUAAUUUCAAAAUAAGUUGCUGAUUUGCUAAUCGAAUACUCAGGGUAAAUUCACAAUAUUUUGAUGAUACGCACAAGUUUUAUUUUUGUAGCUUAUCUGUAAUGUCCGUUAAUGUAUUUGAUACGCUAGGAUUUUAUUUUACUGCAUAUUUCUGCAUUUCUGAUGCAUAUUUUACGCAGAUACGCAGCUAAUCUGGAGCUCUGUCACAUCAGGUGAACUUUGACCCCCAACCUGAAUGAAGUAUGCAUGGAUUAUGGAGCCAAUCAGCUGUCAGCUUUUUAUACAAUUAGGCUCUGUUUAUUUACCAUCUCGAUUCAUAUCUUAACAAAGGAAAACCCCAGAACACAAAUAUUCCACUGAUAGUAUUCCCUUUUGGAUAUAGAAACUGUGGUGCUCAGAAACGACAGGGUGUUUAAAAAUCCACAAUGUAGUAACAUGGCCUUUAUUAUUGUGCAUUUGGAACUGCCCAUUAAUGUUUAUUUUUGAGACACAGAAAUCUUUUCUGCUGCUCUGAAAGUUUACCUGGCAGCCUCCUAUGGAGAUCUUCUUCCAGGAAAGUGUCACAUCAGAGUGUAACCUGAUGUAACAGAAAUACUGUUUUAAGCAGUGUUUAACCAUCAACAUCUUUAGAGUGUAACCUGAUGUAACAGAAAUACUGUUUUAAGCAGUGUUUAACCAUCAACAUCUUUAGAGUGAAAUCUGAUGUAACAGAAAUACUCUUUUAAGCAGUGUUUAACCAUCGACAUCUUUAGAGUGAAAUCUGAUGUAACAGAAAUACUCUUUUAAGCAGUGUUUAACCAUUGACAUCUUUAGAGUGAAAUCUGAUGUAACAGAAAUACUCUUUUAAGCAGUGUUUAACCAUCAACAUAUUUUCCAACAUUUUAUUUUUUAUAAUUUUAUUCUUCAUCUCAAACAACGUCACAUGAUGACAGAGAUUUACAACCAUGAGGUGAAAUGUUUAAAAUGUAUGCUGAAUAUUUGCAGAUGCUAAUAACAUGACCAUCAAGUUGGUGGUUGACGAUACAUUUUGUAUACAACAGCAUUUAGCAAUCCCUGUCAACAAGGGAAUGUCAGAGUUAGUUUCAGCUGAACAAGUGUACCUGGUAAGCAGUCAGUCUCUGUGCAUACAACAAUUUCAACUCAACUAAUUUUAAUUUUUAUAAAUUAAAUUAUGUUAGGCAAGACACUUUUGUUUUUGGUUUACGGGGUUUUAUUCCCCACAUUUAGUUUGAUAGGUUCUGAAAAAUUAUUUUUCAUUUAUUCCAAUUUCAAAUAUUUUUGUUGAUUUCCUUAAAAUGUUAAGUAGCAAUGAAAAGAAAACGUGGAAGUUUUUUUUUAUGUGUUUUAACAGGUUUUAAUUUUGUUAUUUUAGAUAAUUUAUUUAUAUUAAUAUUGACAGUAAAUUAGUUGGGUUUUUUUUAACAUUUUGCUUAUUUCUGGUCGGAGUAGAAAAACACUAAUUUUUGCUUUCUUUCACAUUUCAAUUUUUUUAUUUAGUCUUCCAUUUCAUUUAAUUAAGCAGUCUUUGGACAUUUUACUUUCCAAUAUUAUUCAGAAUAUCUUGCCAGUACAAAUAACAAACGAGCAGUUUGCUAUUGGUACUGAGGUCCUAAAACAGAAUUACGUGCUCUACAGAUGAUGAAACUUACGAAAAAUCCUUGUGAACUUAGCGUUUUGGUCAGUAGUGUUUCUGGGGCAACGGAAGAAUUUCCACUAAACAGGGGGUUCACCUAGAGUUCAUGCUCAAGGUGCAUUAUUGACCCAGUCACUCUUGAGCCAACCUUCCACCCCUGCUCUUGUCAUGGACUGCUCCGAUUAUGCAUAUAUCUGCGAGUUCAGUUGACAGGUGAUUUUUCUUAAGUUUGUGUAGUAGUAGAUAAUUAUUUCCAGAGAAACUGUUAGAUGUGGGCUUUUUGGAUCAUUUAACUUCUACAGUUUUUAUCAAAUCGGAGGAUCAAAUGUGGUAUCGUUAAUAAUAAUAAGCAUAAUAGUCCACUUGGAAAACCACAACUCCACAGCAAUGUAAUCACGAAGUUGUACAUUCUUAUUACCCACAUCAAUGGCUCAGAGUGGGCUCGAGUUUCAUUCUCAGCUCAAUGGGGAGUAUAUUUAGUAAGCAUUCAGAUCGGACAUUGGUAAGUUGUUUCAGAGGACUGACUUGAUUGUUUUUGGUUUCAUUCAUCACAAGUGACACAUAUGUGCACAAGUUCAUGUUCCCUUAAUUAUUCUCAAACCACUAUGUGAAAAUCGAUUUCGGAGAAUAUUAACUUGUGAUGAUCAACUAUAACAAAUUCAUCAAUAUAUGAUGGAAUUAUUAAGUUUCAGAUGAGCCUGUGGUAUAUUUUUCUGAAAUACAAGGUUAUAUAUUGAACAAAACUGAUGUGACUUGACACAUUCCAUUUGUUAACUGAAUGAUAAAAAAUGUUUUUUGUACAAGUUAAUGUUUUUGUGUUGUUUUAUGAAGAAUUACAUUUUUCAGAAUAAAAGGAAAUAGAUUUGAAA